AUGAGAAGGUGGUUCGAUGAGGAAUAUCUCCUCAGAAAAGGUUCAAUUUCAAAUUCUUCCAAAGUCAACGUGGAAUUGCCAACAACUAAUGUUACUAUUCCAAUUCCGGAAAAUGUGGAUGUUCCAAUUCCAGAAAAUGCGGAUAUUCCAAUCUCUCAAACACAAUUUCAAAGAAUUGACCUUGAUUCUUUGGAUUAUGAUCCUGGAACACGCAAACAAAUAUGGGAAUAUCAUGUUAAUCAACGUGAUGAAAUUCGACGGGCUUACAUUAAAAAAGGUCCGCACCAACCUCCUCUAGAAACAUUCAAAAAAAGUGGAAAGCGCAAUCGUUGCUUUCAAGUUUCUUGGUAUAGAAAUAAUUCAAAAUGGCUUGAAUAUUCUCCUACAACAGAUGUAGCUUAUUGUCUACCCUGCUUUGUCUUUCAUAAUCCAAAUGUGGUUGUGGGACAAAAUACAUUCAUUGUUGGUGGAUUUAGAAAUUGGAAAAAGGUUGGGGGCAAAGAUUGUUAUUUUCAAGGUCAUAUAGGAAAAGAUUCUAACUCAGCUCAUAGAGUUGCUGAGCAAAUGUGUAAGGAUUUGAUGAACCAAUCGCAGCAUUUGCAAAGGGUAGUUGAUCAUUUCACUACUGAACAAAUUGCAAAUAAUCGGUUGCAACUGAAGGCCACAAUUUUUAUUAUUGCUGAAAUAAUAGAAAAAGCUCCAAAAAAUGCAACCUACACAUCACCUAGGAUUCAAAAGGAAAUUCUACAUGUUUUCAUAGCCAAAGUGAAGAAGGCCAUUCGGGAAGAAAUUGGUGAUGCAAAGUUUUGCAUAAUGGUUGAUGAAGCUCGUGAUGAGUCCAUGAAAGAGCAAAUGACUAUGGUGUUUAGAUAUGUUGAUACAAAAGGCUUUGUGAAAGAACGCUUUUUUGGGCUUAUUCAUGUUGUUGACACUGCAGCUUUGACUCUAAAGAGGGGGAUAUAUUCUUUGUUAUCUCAACAUUACUUAGAUAUACAAAAUAUUCAAGGGCAAGGAUAUGAUGGAGCAAGCAACAUGCGAGGUAUGUGGAAUGGAUUACAAGCUUUGAUUUUGAAUGAUUGCCCAUAUGCUUACUAUAUCCAUUGUUUUGCACAUCGCUUACAAUUGGCAUUAGUAAAAGCAUCAAAACAAGUUGUUCCCAUAAGUCAUUUUUUUCUUACAUUGCUUUUUCUUAUCAAAAUUGUUAAUGCUUCAUGCAAGCGCAAUGAGCAAUUGAAAGUUGCCAAUGCUAAUGAAAUAACACGUUUGAUUGAUCUUGAAGAGCUUGAGACUGGAAGUGGACUUAAUCAAAUUGGCACUUUACAACGACCUGUAGAAACACGUUGGAGUUCACAUUUUAGAUCAGUUUCUAGCUUAUUAAUGAUGUUUAGUUCAACUGUUGAAGUUUUACAAAAUAUAAUUGAUGGAGAAAAUCAGGCAGAAGGAGAGUCAUCUUAUAAAGGUUUAACUUCAUUUGAAUUUGUCUUCAUCUUGCAUCUUGAGAAGGAAACUAUGGAGAUCACUGAUAAACUUUGUCAAGCUUUGCAAAGCCAAUCUCAAGACAUUUUAAAUGAACUAAAUUAUCGGUUUAAUGAAGAUGCUAUGGAGUUACUUAGGCUUAGCUUAGCUUUAGAACCUCGAGAGGCAUUAAAAUCUUUCAAAAUUAAUGAUCUUUGUUUGUUGGUAAAGAAUUUCUAUCCACAAGAUUUCACAGAUUAUGACAAAUAA